CUCCAAGAAUAAAAAAGAAGACAUACGUGUAAAAGGACUAUAAAAGUGAACUCAAUGAUGGCUAAUACAUCAGUCUGCCAAAAUGGGUCCUCGUAAAAGCUUCAUUAUUACUGAUUUCAUAUUGGGCGUCAUCUGCAUUGUCGCUGUCACUGGAGAAUCACAACAACUUCCAACAGUUUACAAUUCAGGACAAUAUAACAACAUCACCUUUGAAUAUAAUCAUGAGGAUAAAGUUAUAAAUACGAAAACUGUAAAUGGAAAAUCUGUGGAUAUUGUUAUUUUACCGAUCAAUAAGAUGGUACCGGUUGAUUUCAUGCCAUCAAAAAAUUUAGAUAAGUUACAUCAAUUUCCGGUAAUAGCAUCUAGUAUAACGUUAUUUGGUCCCUCUCAUAAUGAACCCAUUGAAAUAUUAACAAUUAAAAAACAGCAAACCGCAGCUGCCAGUGAUGGUGAUGAAAUGACAACAUACAAAACUCGCGUUUACUCUAAUGCCAGUAGCGAUAGAAUCAUGUAUCACGGGUACAACAGGCGUUUAGUAUGGAGUCAACUUAUGGGUGUUGUACUCAAGAAAGAGGUUGCAGAUACGAUAUACAAAGGCGCGCCGGUAUUCUCGUCUAAUACAAAAAAAAUUAUAUCCUUUAUAACUGCUCGUGAAGAGUACACUACUGAGGAUGGUGAGGAACUUGUUCUUUUUCCAUUAACCGCAAUUAAACCUAAAGGUUAUUCAUCAGGACAAAGUCUACAUGAAUCCACAGAAGAUAUUUUACAAUACGACACCCAGGGUAAAUUUUCCGUAUACGGUAGACGUAUGAUGCCGUAUACUGAAUUGAAAGCUUACAUUGAAACGGUCGUGACCCCGGAAAAUAUCCAAAACAGUCGAACGAAAAAACACGAAUCUGUCGUAUUUUAUGGUAAGAAUGAUGUUACUCUCACAUGUGUUCAGGGUGACGUCGAAAUUGCGAGAACUCGAAUCGCCUGCAACUUAAUAAAACCCGCUGUGCAGUAGUUAAAAAAAAAAAGAAAAAGAUUAUCUGGAUCUUUAUUGCAUGAAAAUGUCAUAUUUCAUGUGAAAAUUAUUAAAUAAUUUCGAGAAAAUGCAAAAAAGGAUUCAAACCCCAUAGGUACAUAGAAAUUUAAAAACUCUCAAUAAACAUUUCAAUUCAAUAUUAUAUCUGAAUGUUAUCUAUGAAAUAAAAAGAAAAAAAUUAGAAACUUUUACUUAAAAAUAUGAAUUAAAACUACCAAAAUUAUAUUGUAAACUUAAAACAUUCUGGAAAUUGUGUAAUAUUGUUACUAUUUUGUGAAUUUAAUUUGUAUUUACAUUUAAUAAUUUUUAUUAUUUAAAUGUGGAAAAAAUAUGAACUGCAUUAGUAAACUUGACUACAUAUUUAGUAAAUUUUAUUAUUCCGUUUAGUGACUUUUACUAUUUCAUAAUAGAAAAAACAAAAUUAAAUUUUUAUUAGUUUUUCAACUUUUUAUUAUUACUACUGUUAAUAUUUUGAUUAUUAUUAUUAUUUAUGUUAUCUAUUUUAAUUCCGGGUCGAAAAAUUCGAUCUGAUUUUAGUCUAACUGAACUGUAUUUAAACUACUUGGUCUGUUAUUGAACUUCUAUAAAAAUUGUAAUCUGUUCUGGAUUUAUCUGGACCGAAAAAUUUGAUUUGAUUUUAGUCUAAUUGGACUAUUUAAUCUGUUUUUGAUAUUUUACAAAAAUUUUUAGCUGUUUUCGUCCUGUUGCUUUGAAAAACAAUUGCGUUACGGGCAGACCAAACUAGAUUCAUUCUUGAACUUUAAAAAUUUUAGUUCUGAAAAUUUGCAAGGACAAAACUGGAUUUAAUCAUGGACUUGGAAGAUUUUUAUGUAUGGACAAUAUUUAUAAAGAAAAUAUUAAGCUACAGAAUUAA